GGCCAUACAUGGUGCAGAUCCUUGCAUUCUUAGUGAUAAGUGGUACCUUCUUGGUGUACCGCGAGACCUCGAAGGUACAGACGCUGCCCUGUGGUGACGCUUGUGCAGAACGAAGCGAUGCGAGGCAGUCGGAUUCCUACGUCCUGAACACACCAGGUUGCGCCAUACCUGAUUUCACCCCCGAUCACUCGAGCAUUGCCAAGUACAAGGUCAAGACACGGAUUAAGUUCACCUGCGCUAACAAGAGGCCCUUGACAGAAGCAGAUAAACUGUUUCUCUCUCUCUACGAAGACAGAGCCCCUGAGUACGGCGUUUCCGAGCAGGAGCUGGUGUGUGUUUAUCAAGGAAUUGUGAGGGUCGAGCAGACACCUGAAAAUUUUACGGCUGAGUGUGAUAAAAAGUUCAGACUGAAAUCGAAGAUAUUAAUAACGCAAAACAGGACAGCUAUAGAAGAAGACGGAGUUAUCGUCAAAUGCUAUUUCAGAAAGAAGGAAAUAUACAGAAAUGUUCAUUAUUUUCUUCAAUCGAGAAGGUCAAAGGAGAAGCGAGAGAAAUUCCAGGAGGAGCACGGCGGGCAGCGGCACGACAUGCUCAGCGUCCUCAUCAUGGGCACGGACUCGGUGUCCCGCGCCAACCUGCGGCGCAACAUGCCCAGGACCUUCGACUUCCUGCGGCGCCCCGACGUCCUCGACUUCCGGGCGUUCAACAAGGUCGCGGACAACACGAACCCGAACAUCGUGGCCUCGCUGAUGGGCCUCACGCAGAAGGAGCUGCAGGAGGAGUGCCAGCCCCGGAGGACCAAGUACGACGACUGCCCCCUCAUCUGGAAGAACUUCUCCCGUGCCGGCUACGUCACCCUCUACGGCGAGGACAGCCCGCUCUUCGGAACCUUCCACUACAACCGGUUCGGCUUCGUCCGCGAGCCCACCGACUACUACAACCGGCCGGCCAUGCUCGCCGCAGACCGCCUCACGAAGCACAACGCGGGCCGGAAGGGCGUCAUCAGCCUCUGCCUGGGAGGAGACGCGGCCAUAUCCGUGAUCCACAGGUACUCGCUGACGGCCGCUGACACUCUGCGGGACACGCCCUACUUCGGCUUCUUCUGGAACUCGGGCAUGACGCACCAGAGGGUCCAGUGGGCGUCGGCGGCGGACGAGCCUUCGCUCCAGUACCUGAAGGCGCUGCAGGAGAGCGGCGUGCUGGACCACACCAUCGUCUUCUUCAUCAGCGACCACGGCAUCAGGUUCGGGGACAUACGCCUGACCUACGCAGGCUUCCUGGAGGAGAGGCUGCCCUACUUCUUCGCGCUCUUCCCCCCCUGGUUCAAGGAGAGGUUCCCCGGGGCCUGGCAGACCCUCGUCACCAACACAGGCCGGCUCGUCUCCAACUUCGACUUCCACGCGACGCUGAGGGACAUCCUGGCCGGCGCCUUCGGGAGCCCCGCGCGCGACCUACCCCCCCUCCGACAUGGCCAGAGUCUGUUCAGAGAAAUCCCGGUGAACAGAACGUGCGCGGACGCCUCCAUUCCUGAACAUUACUGCACCUGUGAACACCAGAGCGAGGUGCCCGUCGGCGACGAGAGACUAGUGGCCGCCGCGAAGUACAUUGUCUCUCACUUGAACAAGCAACUCGAAAUAUAUGAGGAAUGCGCGCAGUUGUUCGUUCAGAAGAUCAUUCGAGGUCAAGUUGGGUCACGCAGGAAGGGGGCGAAGCCAAAGGGGGCGCGCGCGACCUCUGUUAUCACCGUUGUCUUUGUGACUCUGCCAGGUGAAGGAGAAUUGGAAGCGACAGUCACACACCACAAAAAUAGAUUCGAACUGACGGCAGACAUUUCCAGAAUCAACAUGUACGGCAACCAGAGCCAUUGCAUAUCGGAUCCCUUCUAUCAGAAAUAUUGCUAUUGCAACGACCUGCUCCCCGUUUCGCCGACAGCGCUCGAGUGAGGAACAGCGACUAGCCGCCAAAUAACAAACUAUUUAUUGGAUUUUGUUAUUUUCUUUUGCAAAUGCUGGUAAUUGGUGAUUGCAGUGAUUUUUUUCUCUGUUGAGAAAAUACUGGUGUAAUUAUUUUCCUAGGAAUUUCUUAUGGAUAGCAAGUACUGUUAAUGAGUAAUUCAUGCUGUUGACCAAUGAAAUAUGUUGAUUUAGAAAUCUAGGGGAAUGAAACCGAGAACUAGAAAGAUGUUAUAGUAUAUUUUGCGUACCAUGACUUUUGUGUUUCCUCGAACGGGGCGUGUUUCUCUCUGCCUUACUGGCGACUCCUCUCCUCCCGGCAGCGCGUCAAGGCCCAGCUUAUCGUACCGUAUACACGUUUAUAGCCCUAAAGAAUAAUUUCAGAAUACAUGCAUUAGGUUUAUAGCCCUCUUAAUUUUGCAUAUACUCAGGUUGUAACUGCUAGAUGGACUAAUCAGCGCGAGAUUGGGAGGGCGGGCAGCACGACGGUUGCAAUGGUUGCAAGCUGGUGAGGAAGAUGGAUGGCAUUGUGGUUUUGUUUUAUGCACAUGGAAUGAUCUCCUAAUCAGGCAACGAGAGGUAAGCAUUCCCUUUUCCUUGAAACCACGGUAAGUUUUAACCCAUGAUUCUAGCAUGUGAUGUGGCAUCGGGUUUAAGCCAACCAGAUCUCAAUUGCCAUUAUAAUGAUAUUUCCUACACGUGUAAAUAAACCACAAAACCCUAUGCGUGAGACGGCUGGUUUUGUUCAAGUAAUAUGACAAUUUGACUACAGUUCACCUGUUUAUCUCUCGUUUAUUAUUAUACCCUGAAGAAACUAUAUAGCGAAAAAGCCUGAGCCUUUUUCGUAUAUUUCUAGUUCUCCCCUUCGUCUUUUAUUCACAAGGGAGUCGAGCAGACGUUUUUACACUCCAUCCGGUCUUAGGAAAGGACUAACCGGCAACUCGUGAAGUCUCCUUUUGAGAUGUAUUGAUGAAUUGGUGUAAAUUAAUAUAGAAAAUGUAUUUAAUGUAUUUGUCUAGACAAAUGUAAUGAUUUUUGUUGUUUUGUUAAUUCCAGACAUGUAAGUAUUAAGUUUCAGCUUCUAGACGAUGGUUGAACUAGUAUUGUUACAGUUGCUGGUGUUGCUAUAUAAUCGUAAUAAAUAUAAUAUGAUUAAUAAUUAUACUACAUCUGUAGUGAGUGUAGUAAUUGUGGCUGUGAUUAUUAUGGGGCUAUUUAUAGCAUAUCCAGAAGACAUAUAUAUACAAUGUUUCCGACUCUUCUACCAUACCCCAUAUGUUUUACGAAUAGACAAUGCAAAAUAAAGUAGUAGUAAGUGGCUUGUUAUUUGUUAAAAUGUUAGUGACCGAUUAUCGUCAUUCCUGCGAAUCGCGAUUUUUUUAAAUAGUGAUUUUUUUUUUACAGCAAGAUUUAUCUGUUUCAAAGUUGGCGAUACUUGGACGUGUGUACAAACAGUUCUCAUGUUUUAAUGCAACUCGUGUGCCUUCUGAAUGUGAUUUUCAUAAUUUCUAUGUUUACUGAUCAAUGUAAUUAAUAUGUCUAUUAAAAGUUGAUCCCAAAUACCAUUGACCUAUGUCACCUCCUAAUAUAUUUAUUGCUAUUCAUCAUUGGGUUGUGUUAUGCUUACUGUGGUUCUAGAAGUUCGAUGUUCGUAUUUUUAUGAAAUAUUAAAUAUUUUGCAUUUUA